AUGUCUCUGCCCAGCUCCCUGCCUGGCGCUUUUGGCUCUGAGAUCUCAUUCACAACCCUGCUGGGCACGGAGGGAGCCGAGGCCGAGGAAUCAAUGACCACGCCAAUCCCCAGCCAUCGCAAACCCGAUCGUCUAGCUGUUGCGUGCAAGCAAUGCCGGAAGCGCAAGGUCCGAUGCGAUGCACAGCAGCCGAGAUGCAAAAAUUGCCAUGUGAGAAAUGAGGUCUGUGAGACCUCAGAUCUCCGGCGGCCAGGCAAGGGACCGGCUGUCCGCCGACACGCAGCUCGGUCAACGGGCUCAAGAUCUCAGCAGGACCCUGCCUCACCAAUUCCCCCGUCGCCAAGGUCGAAUAAUGAAGGCCCUAACAAUGAAGGCUUGAGCUCUUUCCAGAAUACUGGCACCAACCAUAGCCAAAGAGAGGUCGAGUCCCCAACGGAGCUUGCAUCCUCCGAAGUAAAUUCGCAAGGUUUCCAUGAUACCCCGUCGUUUUCAGCAACAAGGAAACAAAUCCGGUCCAGUCGCCCAGUCAAAAAUCAUAUCUCUUGGUUGACUCGCGGAUACCAAGCCAGUGCAGCAGCCCAGGUUCAAGAAACUGGAUCUGAGCACGCUGAGCAAACACCUAGCUCCGAGGUAACGCCUGACGUGGUGGUAAUUACGGAUGGCACACCGUAUAGGGUGAAGUUUCAAGGCGGGAGUAGCAUACAAAGUCUCUUCACAUUCGUCGACCUACACUUAGCCAUCCAUGGCUUUGAUCCUGCCAGUUCCUUGUUCAGACAUGGAAUGCAUCAAAGCGAAGAGAUUCCGCUAUCGCUAGUCCUAAAGCUACCGCCGCUACCUAAUCAUCAGAAAAUAAGGCGGUGUCUUGAUGUAUUCUUCGACCGGCUCUGGCCAUUCUACCCAGUGAUCACCCGAUCUACUUUCGAGGCAGAGAUUGAUACCAUAAUUUCUCAGCAGCCGCAGGAAGUAUCCGACCUCCAAUUCAGCAUCCAACACACACAUAUACCAUGUUUGGUCGCAGUGUACUGCGUGUUAUGUAUCGGCAUCAACGAACUAUCAGGCGCAGACUCAGAGCUGAGUAUCGAGUAUCUAAACGCUGGCUAUCAACUCUACGCUCACCUCGUUGCAACCCCUUACUUGCCCAGCGCCCAAUCAUUAUUCCUUCUAGCACUUGCUCUCCGAUCAUGGGGGAAAGACGGCCAGGCGUGGCAUAUCGUCGGUCAAGCAAUUCGCGUCUCGCAGUCUCUCGGCCUGCAUAAGUUAGUCAUGAGACACUCGCCGGUCAAGGCGCAAGGAACUCCUUAUCAACACACAGAUACCAUAGGAGAGAGGUUGUGGUGGUCGUGUUACGCCCUGGAAAAGCAGAUGCAACUCGAGUGCGGAAGGCCAUCGAUCAUCGACACUGAUUUUGAUAAUAUCGCUUCAACCUGGUCACAAAAUCUGGCUGCCAGUGACUCUUCACCCUACUUCAAGGCUUGGAUUUCACUCGCUGGAAUUAUGGGUCUCAUAUCUGACCGAAUCUACUCGCAUAAGUUUGGCAAUGCUGAAGAGAUGCUGUCCGAGACUAUCAAGCUCGACAAGCAUUUAUUGGAAUGGGAAAGCUCACUGCCCGACAGUCUCAGGCCUCGGGACAUAUUUCUCGAGCACUUGGAUGAGGCGAGCAAAAUAUGUGCUGGGUUUCUCUCUCAACAGUACUAUCAUGCUCAGAUAUCCGCCUUACGAGUGUCUCUCAUCUUUCCCCAGCAUGCGUUCUCCGCGGAGAUAAAACGGCACGGCAAAAAUCUAUCUCAGACACAGAGGUUAUUGGCCGGGGCCUCAAUAUGUGCACAGGCAGCAAGAGCCGUCGCAACGCAAAUCCUUCAAUUAGCAGACGAGAAUGUACGAUCCCCCUGCUUGGGCAUUUCUCAAACAUUCCUGGCUUCGGUCGUACUGGCACUAGUCAUUCUCCGGCAACCCAACAGCAGACUGGCUCGGUCCGAUGUCGAGUUGCUCACUUCUGCCACAGAGCACAUGGAGGCGUGGUAUCACCACUGUGGAUUUAGUCCAGGCUUCAUCCAGGUAUUCGUCGAGAUGCGGAAUCGAGUCGGUUCGGUCUUCCUCAAGACUAGUGCAAAAGCACCUCGGAGGAGCAGCUCCGUCACAACGUCAUUGACACGAACACAAGACGUGAUCAAUCAGGGGUCUGGAUUCCCACCACCGAUGGCCGGUGGCUAUAGCCACACCGGUUCACCUCCGACUCAUGGGAGUAAUGCGAUGUCAGGGAUGGGUAACCAGAAUACAGGUGAUGGAUUUGACGACUCGGCACUCAAUUUCUUCGGCAACAUGGACUUUGAGGAACUAUGGAAUAUGAUGGACUCGGAUUUCAUGUCAUAUGAUACCGAGAUCCAAAUUAUUCCCUCAUGA